GCACGCUGCGUGAUGACGUCAGAGCGUCAGCUGGCUGAAUGUUUACAUCCAGCAGUGGUGUGUUCCUGACUGGACCCCCCGACGGUUAACGGCUAGGCAGAAGAAACCCGCAGGGACGGAGAGCACCUUUAGGUGAUUUCUGCAGGUAAGAGAAGCGCCAGCCGAUCCAACAUGGCGGCUCAGGUGGAGGUGAAGGGGGAGGGGGAGACAGUCAGCUGUUGUCUCGAUGUUUCUCCUCGUGCAGCAGGGAGCAGACUGUGAAGAGUGUUUUGACCUUGUUCCCGUGUGUCAGUCUGAUCGGAGUGUGUGUCGAAGUGUGUGUUCGUGUCGGGCUUUUGUGUCGUUGUGUGUCCGUGUCCGCAGCGGCUGAUUGACGCUAAUCUCACCGCAGCACCGAGUACCGCGCGGGCUGCGGUGCGUGCGGAGAGGGAGAGGGGGGGGGGUACGGGAUGUGCGGGUCUGUGCGUGUCUGAGGACUCUUUGUGUCUGCAGUAAAAAACACGGAGCUGACACACACACACAUACACACACACUGAUACACACCGAUCAGAGGGACUAAAACACAGGAGUGUGUGUGUGUGUGUGUUUACGUGUAUGUGUGCACGAAGUGUGCUUGUACCCUACUAGCCUACUAAACCACUUAGUGUGUUAGUGAGUGAGUCACAGCGCCCCCAUCUGCUCAUGUUUGCUCACAGCAUCAAAAACACUCAUAUAUCUGCUGAUCGUGGACUCUGAUCUGCGACUGAGUCUGAAGCUGCAGUUUGUUCAGACUCUGAAAGUCUUCCUGAGUCUCUUUGUCACCCUGAUGAUGACUGCUGGUGGGACAUUUGUCCUCUUCUGAUGUCCCCCUCUGCUGUUGAUUUUAACACCAGCCUGAACCAGCUUCACACCUCUAGCUGUGAUACAAAGCUGCAGUAAACCUCUGAGCUGAGAGACCUGCAGGAUGAUUUGAAGAGUUCAGAUGUGCAUGCAUGUGUUUGCAAAUGUUUGUUGGUGAGUUCAUUUAAGUUGAUCACAUGAUCACGAUGGGAGGAAAUUAGAGCUGCAAAAUAAUCUACAAUUUUAUCCAUAUUGCAAUAUGAGCAUUUGCAAGACACACACAGUAAAAAUCUGUUAAGUGGUAAAUUACUGAAUGAGUUAAAUCAGUGUUUCCUCUCAGCAUGUGCGUUUGACUUGUCAGAUGGAGGUCUGGGUGUUAUAGUCAUGCUUUUACACUAUUUUUAUGCGGUCAGAUGAAGUUUAAUCCAGCUGUCUGCUAACCUCAGAUUAGACGGUGAUAUUUUAGAGAUGAAAAAAUGCUUUUUGGAAAUUUUCUGGCCACCUCGGUCAUAAAAGGACCAGAGGAGUGCUACCUGCACCCCCAAAGGACCCCAGUUUCCUCAAGAGUUGGAGUCUGCUUUUGUCUUUCCUGUAGAGUGAGUUUGUGUUGUCAGUCCAGUAGUUUAUAGUUCAGGUGAACACCCAGGUCCACAAUCUUAAUGUCUUCCCUGUAAAUGUUCAUUGGUGUGGGAGGAGUGGGUCUGCACCUGCUGAAAUCUACCACCAGCUCCUUGGUUUUUCCAGUGUUGAUCUGGAGGAAGUUCCACCGACACCAGUCCACAAAGUUCUGGUUCAGUUCUCUGUACUCCCUCUCGUCAUUAUUGGCACUGAGGCCAACAAUCGUGGAGUCGCCUGAGAACUUCUGCAGGUGGCAGCUUGGUGUGUGGUGGGUGAAGUCUGCAGAGCACAGGGUAAAAAGGAAGGGAGCCAAGACUGUCCCUUGGGGGCCCCUGUACUGCAGACAACAGUAUCAGACACACAGACAUGAGCCCUCAUAAACUGUGGCCAGUCGCUUAGAUAAUCAAACUGCCAAGAUGUGAGGUGGUGAUUCAGAUAUGAAUAAAAGCAGAUAGAAAAUAGAAAAUAUUAGUUAAUUUACUUCAUAUGCACUCUUUAAUAUUUGUUUAUUUGUCACACUCUCUCUUAAUGUCACAAUAUUAAACAAUGUUAGUGCACAUCAUCUAUUUUUUUAGCAUGGUGCAGGUUUAGAGUCAGAUUUUCUGGUAAAAGUAUGAGAGAAGUUUCGUUUGGAUUUAAAGAAAAUAGACUUUCCGUUAGAAAAUGAUGAAGAGUCUGUUUUUAACUUUUAUUCAUGUUUAUGUUGGUAAAAAACACAACACUUUUAUAUGGCUUUAGUUCCUGUAUUUUUGCAUACAGCAAUAAAUACUUUAGAAAUGAGAAGUAUCUCAACCUCAGUUUUCUUCAUUAUUGUUCAGUCCUGGUGGAAAUGCUCAGGCUGCAGAUGAUAAGUGCUGAUGACUCCAUCAGCGACAAGAAUGAAAAGAAACUGGAAGAGAAUUUGAACAGGCACUAAAAGUGAACGCUCAUGCUUUAACCUUAUAAUCAAAAUGCAAAUUCACUAAAUGAGUUCUUCUUGUUCAAUUUUGAAGAAUAGACUGACUCUAAUAGCCUCUGCACUGUGGCAGGACACGAAACAUGGAGAUUUUCAUUAGCCGUUAUUGAACAGAUACUGAGCUGCUUUUCACAUUAAAACUGAAACUAUCAUUGGUCACUUUCAAUGUUUCGACUCAAAGAAAUGAUGCAUAAACUGAUAUUAACAAAGGCCAAAGUGUAGCUGUACAGAAUAAGAGUCUGAACUCUUGCAGGACGUCUUCUGCAGGGAUGAUUUUCCUCUGAAACUGUAGAGGGCAUGCAGAAUCUAAAUGUACAUAUGUCUUUUUACAGUGUUGUGGACAGAGUCAGCAGUCUGACGCUGUGUGUGAAGCUGAUUUUCUAACAGUGUCAGCGUCUUUUCUGCUUCAUCAGGAUCAGUUAUUAACCGGAUCACAUUAUGAUUUCAUCCUUUUCAGAGUUAAACAUUGCUUGGUUAUGCCGGUCAAAGUUUUCCCCUUCAUAUUCUUAUAAAUAAAAAAGAUAAUUCUGUUAGUGGUGUAGUUCAUGGAAAAAUUACUUUGUCAUUAUUUUUUAUUUAUAUUCCUUUAAAAACAUGUUUUAAAGUUCAUAAUGAAAGCUGAAGGAUCAGAGAAACUGAAGUUAAAUCUGAUCCUGAUAACUCUGGUUUGCCUGUUGUUCAGUUGAUGCUCGUCGUCAUGGUGAUGCGCAAGUAAACUUGUUAUUUCUCCUCCUUUCUGUCUACAGUCAUCAUGGGAGGAGCUGUGAGCGCAGGUGAGGAUAAUGACGACCUGAUCGACAACUUGAAGGAGGCGUACUACAUCCGCUCAGACCUGGUGGAGCGUGCCUUCAGAGCCAUCGACCGUGCUGACUAUUACCUGGACGAAUACCGAGAUAACGCAUACAAGGUGAGGAUAAACGUACACACACCUGAGCUCUCUGGGCUGUAGAUGGAUCCUGAACAUUCCCAUGUUUCUGAGGCACAGCUGUAGACCUGAUUGUGUUGUUGUUGAAAGGAUUUAGCAUGGCGGCAUGGGAACAUCCACCUGUCAGCUCCUUGUAUCUACUCUGAGGUGAUGGAGGCUCUGGACCUCCAUCCUGGACUCUCCUUCCUCAACCUGGGCAGUGGGACUGGAUACCUCAGCACUAUGGUGGGCCUCAUACUAGGUAUGUACCCCUCAUGUUAGGUCUGUGCGUCUUUAUAACAGUUAUGAUGCAGCGUACUCCCUCUGCUCUAUGUCUGAAGCUGGAGGUGUUUCAGCUGUGAUUAUUUUCUGGUUAAUUCUCACACUGAGGCAGGGCCUGCGGGACAUUAAAAAGCCUGAAGAAACCAGACACAAUUAGUGAAAAUUCAGAGUAUGAUUAAUCAACAUCAGGUCAGUCUGGGUUUCUUCCAUCAGACAGAAUUGAUGCAUCAAAUUUGGAGGUCUGGCUCUGUUCUCAGAGGUCCCUGCCUUUCCACAAGUUUACGUGGGAUACCAAAGUCUGAGGAGUUUGACAUAUGCAGUAUACAUAUAUUGAAGGUUAGACAAUAAUUAAUAAUUCACAGGAUGUACUGCCUGAUGUGUUAACUUAGUGUCUUGGCCACAUGAGUGCAGAUAGACUCACAGUCUGUCGCUGAGUCCAACAGAUGUGUCUCUGUGUUAAUGAGCUUCAUCAAUCCGUGUUCUGUCUGUGUUAACUCUUUCAGGGCCGUUUGGAGUGAAUCAUGGGAUUGAGCUUCAUGCAGAUGUAAUCGAGUACGCCUAUCAGAAGCUGGACUCCUUCAUCAAAACCAGUGACAGCUUUGACAAGUAGGUGUCAUCCUCACCUGUCAGAGACGGGAAAUCCUUUUACAUCUGUACACAGGUUUAAAUCUUUCCUCUGUCCGUGUUCAGGUUUGAGUUCUGUGAGCCGUCUUUUGUAGUGGGGAACUGUCUGGAAAUCCCUCCAGACAGCCGGCAGUAUGACCGAGUGUACUGUGGGGCAGGGGUGCAGAAGGAACAUGAGGACUAUAUGAAGAACCUGCUGAAACCGGGGGGCAUCCUGGUCAUGCCUCUGGAGGAAAAGGUUGGUGCUUUAAAACACUUUAAAGCUCCUUAUGGUCCACUUUUCAUGUAGGGAGGGUCAGAUUACCAUGCCGAAACAUACACUUUCUAAAACGUUGUAAGAAACAUUAUUUGUUGCUUUGUUAAUAAUUGUCUAUUUUUGAAACAAAUUAGUGCAAAGAAACCACGUAAGAUAAAAAAUGUACUACAAGAUCCUUAAGAGCCAUGCUGUUGUAAACACAACACAGACAGACUUUUGGUUCAUCCUGUUUUUCUGUCUCUGUAGUUGACCAAGAUCACCCGGACAGGCGUGAACAGCUGGGAGACCAAAAAGAUCAUCUCAGUGUCCUUCGCUCCUCUGGUGCUCCCCAAACACAGUACCAAUGGAAAACCUCGGACCGUCCCCCUGCGUGAGUCCAGAUCUGAUGAUUAUCAGGAUUAAAUGUGACAGAAUUUGACAGUCUCUCCUCUUACUGUACUCCUGUUUCCUGUCCUGCAGCCAGGUACGAGGUCCGGACACUCCAGGAGCUGUCUCGCAUCUGCAUCCGCCACGCCCUCAGAGUGACCACAGAUGGAGGGGACAGCCAAUCACGUGGCAGAGGCUCCUCUUUCAGCGUUGGGAGGGGUUUGGCCGUGGCGGGGCUCCAUAAGUACGGCCCUCGCUUCAAACGCCGGCGUGUCCACAGGCGUCACUGUAACGCCCUCGUCCUCGCCACACGGCAGGUGGUGGCCAGCAGCGGUAUUGGCUCCGCCCCUCUGGACAGCAACAACAACCAGGGAGGAAGAGGGGAGGAAGAGGAGGAGGUGGUGGAGAGGGAGAGGGAGGGGAGGCGGCAGCUGAGGGGCAGCAGGAGGGGAGGCAGAGGAGCGGGGGCAGUGGUGGAGGAGGAAGAGACGGUUGAGGAGGAGGAUGAAGAGGAGGAGCAGGAGGAAGAGGAGGAGGAGAAGGAGACCGGAGAGCUGCUCCGCCCACAGCCGGCUGUCAACAUCCUCAGAGAGAGGAUCCUGAACCUGCCGCUGCCUGAGCCGCUGAAGAUGUACCUGCUGUACUACAGGGAGAAGUGAGAGAGCGGAGUCCAACAAGGCUGCAGCUCCUCCUCCUGGACCACACCCACCCCCUCCCUGACUGACCCCCACCCCUGAUCUACCUGGAGUCUCUCCUUCAUCAAGUUUUCAUCGUCUUUAUCAUUUUCUGUGAACUACAUGCGAAAUACAUCACCUGACCCUGCACAGAGUCGGGGGGAGGCUCAUUCAGAUGUCCCACUGCUCACCAUGAGGUCCAAACAGACUGAUAACGGUACAUUACACAUCCACACACUUUAAAGACAAACAGAGCUAACAGCAGCUGACGCUAACAGCAGCUAAAGCUAACAGGUGAUCCACAGAUUGUAAAAAAUGCUCCUCAUCUUUACCAACAUGUCCUGAUAACAGGUCAGAAUUCAGCUGAAGAUGCCAAAAAACCAGCAUCAGCAUCAGUGUGCCAAACUCUGCUCUGAUUGAAUGACACUCUUAUUAGGUCUCCAAAAUAAAAGUUAAUGUGGCCUACAUCCAGCAGACAGCCACCUGUCACUCAAAGAGGCCACACCCCUAAUUCUCCAUCCCUGUAAUCCUUAAACAGGUGAGUUCUCUGUGAAUUAAGCUGUCAGAGACUCUGUGGAUAUUUGUGAAGGUGAGAAACAGGCGACCUGAACUCAGGUUUAUUUAGAUGCACCUGGAUUCAUGCUGGAAUGAUGCAUCUCAUGUCCAGGGGAGCUGUGAUGUCACGACAGUGUGUCUCAGUCCUGUUUUCUCGACCAUCUAAAGCACUCACACACUCACUCACUCACUCACUCGCCUCUAACCUCCGUCGGAGUUCGGUGCUUCAGGCUGGAGUUCGGGACUGGGCUGAAGACGAUGAGGAGCUUUGAGUCCAGCUCUUGGUCCAUCAGAUGAUUUUUCUGCAGGGUUGAUCCAAUUCACACAUUUUCAGGAGACCAGCUGAUCUAACAGAAGGUGCAUCUUUUCUCUUUUCUCUAUGCAUACGUUCCUCCACAUACAGAGACUGACCUGAAUCCUUACAUGUGCAGCCAAAGGCAUUCUCACUGUUAUUCUCUACAUCCCAUAAUACUCUCCCCUAACACUGAGUGUGACCAUAACAGACCACAGACUUACUAAUAUUCCACUUUACCGAAAUAAACCAGCAUGAUAAACACAGAUCUGAUGUUUUUGAUGAUUGACGGCGUGCUCUGUAUGUUCCUGUAAUAUUUCUGAUUUUUGGAUUUAAUGAGACUUGAAGUGGUGUGUAAAUAUGAACCUGUAUGUUUGUCUGUGAAUCUUAAAAUCCCUGAUGAUAAAACUUUGAUAAAUAGACAUUUUUGUUUGUUGUUGUAGUUUGACGGGGCAUUAUUCCUUUCUGCUUUUGUACCAAACUUUCUGCUCCUUCUGUGCCAAACUUUGGUUGCAUGGACUAAAACUUCUCCAGGGGAAACAGCAGGUCGCUCAUACGGAGAAGAAAGAGGACUUUUAUUUGAAGAUGUGCUCCACUGUUUCUGACAUGAAAUGAGACUUUGUUUUUUUUUUAGUUUUUAAUCAUGUGACUUUAGAUUUCUCCCAUUUUAUAAGUUUGCAGAAAGCUAAAACACGGAGGUGUCGGAGCGUGCUUCAAUAAGAUUAACCAGAGCAGUUUAAGGACAUUUAAAAGCUUUUAAUGUUGAUGGACAGGAGAUUGUGAUUCCAGCUGAGCUAAACCUUCUGCUUUACAGCCAUCUUCUCUGUCUUUAACUCUACAUUGAAAAACUUACCGAGAGUUUGUAAUGUUGCUCUGCUGAAUGUAAAGGAUCAUGUUUGUUUUUUUGCACUAAACCUUUUGGUGAGACUGACUGGUUUGAAGAUUGAGCUGUAUGAGCUGCAUAACUGACUGCUGUUAAUAAAAUUCAUCCAACAAAAGCAAAACCAUCCCACAGGCGGCAUUCUUACUGAUGACUUGUAGGGCAGUGAUUCUCAAGUCCAGUCCUUGAGCCCCUCCUGUCCUGCAUGUUUUGGAUGUUUCCCUGCUCCAACACACCUGAUUCAAAUGAUCAGCUCGUUAUAAAGCCAUUCCAGAGCUUGAUAACGAGCUGAUCAUUUGAAUCAGGUGUGUUGGAGCAGGGAAACAUCCAAAACAUGCAGGACGGGGGGGCUUGAGGACUGGACUUGAGAACCACUGUUGUAGGGGGGUGACUCCACUGUUCGUAUAAAAAAUAGACUGGACCCACUUGAGGGAGCUUUGAGAAUUUAUCAAAGUAAAUGUAGGUUUUGGUCGGUGUAAACAGUCAGUUUGGCUUUAUCUAUUGCAGUGAGCUGAGAAAAAGACUUUGUGUCCUUUCUUUGAGUGUAACAUUGAUUCUCAGAUGACAGGCUGCUGGAUGCUUUCUCACUCACCUGCAGAUAGGUGAUCCUGGCUCAAACAAAUAAGAAAAAGACAUUAGCAAAGCCACAGCAGCCAAAAUGGCUCAGAAAACUUUGUUGAGUAAAAAGUAAAUAGACACGAUAAAAAAUCAGAACAGUAUAAGUUUAACAGUAUGAAUAAUAGAGAUGAGAAUCACUAGUGGCCCAUGAUAUGAUAUUAUCACGAUACUUGGGCCAUGAUGUGAUUUUUUAGCAAUUUUUAACAGUAAGUAUUGCGAUACAAUUUAUUGCGAUUUAAUUGUUUCUACUGUUUAGCUAAUUUAGCAUUUGUCUUUCCUUUAUAUUUGUCUUCGUUACGCUUUUAUUUUCAUGUAGCACAUGUUUUUGUUGAACUAACUUAUGUCACCUCUGCCAACCUCACUAGACAAACAGUUGAUUUUAUUUUUCCAUUAUCCUAGAUUCUAUUUCAUAUCAGCAAUUAAUUUGAAAAAUCAAUACUUGGUAAAUGAUACAAUAUAUCACCAGACAAAAUAUCGCAUUACUAUGCUGUAUCGAUUUUUUCUCCCACCACUAACAGAUAAGUAACUAAAUGACUUCCUGAAAUAAAACCAGGUAUGUUUCUGUAGCCUGCAUUGCACCCUGGGAGUUUGUUCAACCCCACAUCCAGUUUUCAUUUGAAACAGAAUAUCACAGCAUUACACAAGUCACUGAAUUGUCUUUAAUUAUCCAAAGAAACUAAACAGUUUAAGACAGAAGCAGCCACAGGCUGGAGUUCAGCAGCUGAAUCCUCAUUUGGCUAAAACAGAGUUGGUCCCAAAGUCUCUGACAUGGGUCCAGUGAUUCCACUGUGUGAAACAGAUGAGACUGUAAAAAUUAAGACAUUCAUAUGUUUUGACCUUGUUCCUUUGACUGAUGAACACUCACAUCUUACUGAGCUGUCUAAAAUCAUGCGGCAGGUUUACAGCGAUGUUACGUACAACAAUCAGGCCUUACACUAAAGAUUAUGUCUGUGUGAAUGAGGUUAAAUGUACAGUGAAAGUGUAAAUACUCAACUACGACACUCAUACAUCUCACAGCCUCCAGACUCUCUACUAAACUUUGUGCAACAGCUGACUGCAUCUUCCACCAACACAUCAAACACAGUCUGCUCCUCUCUGAACAGAAGACAUGAAGGAUGCAAAAAAUAAAAUCUCAGCAUUAAAUUACAAAGCUCAAAAAAUAAAAUUAGAAUCUAUGUAAAGAAACAAACGCAAUAAAAAUGUAUAUCUACAUCUGUUUAUAAAAAUGAAAGAGCGCAAUAAGUUAGAUUUGUUCAAUAUGGAAACCAUUUUUCUUUUUUUUAUAUAUCUGUAAAAGUGACUGAGGAUUGCCUAUUAAGAAGUCUACACUCAGGUAUUUGUCUGUAAAUACAUCAGGUCAGCAGACCAGCUCUCUGCCUGGACUGUGACAUCAGCUGAUCAUCACGGGGGUCAGAGCCGGCUGGCUGUGGCGUCACAGUGGGGUUCGAACCCUGCACAGCAGCACAAGCGGACAGUCAGAGCGUGGUGGGGGGCAGAGAGCACAGAGCGGGGUGAUACUGCAGAGAAGAAAGGUGUGUGUUCAGAUCCAUCAGUCUGUAGUGAGGGGCUGACAUUCACUGAACUGGGCCGUCAGCGCUCUGUUUGACCAAUCAGAUCACUCAGAGCAGAAGGAAAGUUUCAUGAGGUCAAACUGAUUAUGUUCCUGUGGUCCUGACUCGAUAGCCCGGAGGUGAUUAGAUUCUGUGUCUGAAGGCUCUGCAGCUUCACAGUCAGAGUGCACACAGUCCGACAGCAAGGUGAGCUCCGUGCUCGUCAUGAUCACAGAAGCCUGAGUAGGUGAGGUGAUGGAGAUGUGUGUGCACUCUUUAAAUAAAGCAGCAGAGCAGCGGGACGCAGCUUAAGGCACCUAGGAACCCUGAUGACCCUGUGGCACGCUCCAGGACGGGACUUUUGGGUGACCCAGGAUCCUACUGGGAUGUUUAGGGGAAUAGUGGAUAUGUGUCGAGCUCUCUGCCGUCCUUUCCCACCUCCACCUCGUCUGCUCCAGGAAGAACAGCAUCUACUGAAUACAGCAACGUGUGACGGAGUCUGCUGGUAGCUUCACCCUCCGUCUGUGCAUCUACAAUCAGACUGAGUCAAAGGAAUACUCCACAGCUUAGGAAGUACUUAUGAAGAUGGAGCCAGAGGCAGCAGGGGAUUAGGUUGGCAUAGCAAGGAGACCUGAGCUGUUGGCCUGACUCCCUUCAUCCACAUGCCGAGGAACUUGUCAUGUAGUUUUGGGAAGGUGAACACCAGAGGUUUGAUUUAGAGCUCUGGGGUCAUGAGGUUGUCAGGUAACCAACAGAGACAGACUGCUCACCACCUUUAGCUUCAUAUUCAGCCACACAGCAGGAGAGCGAUAAACUAUCCUGACCUCCCUCCACUGCAGAGAAAAACUCUGGAAUAUUCCUUUAAGACACACAAACACAGAGGACACAAAGAUUCUACAUCAUCAGACACACCUCCCUCAACAGAAUCAACAGCGCAGUUUGACACACACACACACCCACUUAUGACGACACAGUAACACACAUAUACACACAGCCUGAUGGUGACACAGAGCUGUCCCGACAAUGUGUUCCCACGCUAACAUACACACACAGACUCACAAUUAAGUAAAGGACCACAACACCCAGGACGCACAUGUGUAUGAAGGCUAGAAGAAGAAGUGCAUUAUGGUCCUGCAGUUCAGAGGGUCUCAGUCCUCUUUUGAUUCUGUCAAUACAUUAAGAACAACAUGAUGGACAUGAAUAAGACGUCAGAGCUGUGCAUGUGUGCGUGUGUGUGUGUGUGCUGACAGCAGUGCGCAGGCUUCAUGCGUAGCUUCUUCUUUUUUUCUUCUUCUUCUUUUUUUUUUAGCUGCAGUUAAGCUCCUGACAGCAGUGAACAGUGAGCAGACAAACACACAGCAGUGUUAGUCUGGGUGGUUUCAGGAGCUGCUCUCCCUCUCAGGUGAGUCCAAAGUGACAGGUGCAGGAGACGACAGGGUGAUGAUGAUGUCACUUUGGCACCAGGCCUCGGGGUUGUGGGUACAGUGGGGACCCUGGGCUGGAGGGGCUAAAUGGAGAGGUGGGGGUGCUGGACUUCUUCCCUGUCUUGGGUCGACUGAGAGACAGAGACAUGAGGAGGAUGUGAGUUUGACUCUCAAGAGGGUUUCUUAAUAUUCUCUCUGAAUCUGCAGCAGUGCGUUUGGAAGGGAGCCGGUCUUACCCAGACUUUGGUUUUCUGAGGCUGCCGCUGGCGCUGGCGGAAGGCGUUGGUCCCAGGCUGCUGUGACAGCCCGAGGCGUCGACCUGGAUCUCAUCCUCAUCCCUGAGAGCGUCAUCCAGAGCUGCUGCCACCUUCGGGGCGAUUACCGGCUCCUGGUACUCUUUAGUGGUCCGAGCCGGCAAGUCCAUGUCCACCAUUGUGAUAUUCUCAGCCUGGGGGGGGGGGGACAAAACAGGAACACAUUUAUCUCAGACUGGUGCCAAACAUCUCUGAAAAAAGGACAGAGGGUGGAGCCUUCUGACUGCAAAGUAAAAAUCAACACAGAAAGUUCCUCACAGGAGCUUUAAGUUUUUAUGAUAAUUGAUUUCUUUUUUUGUUUUGUUUUUUUAACAUUUGUAUAUACUGUUUUUUUUUUCAAAUUUUAUUCACCAAUAAGUGCAUUUAAAAAAAUAAAUGUGAACAGAGGAAUAUGUGCAGAGUAAGUUUGGUGUUGAUUUACAAAAUUCUAUAUAUAUAUAAUAAGGGUUACCAAGACAAAAUUGGACAAUGACAAAAACUAAACAUCCAAAAAAAAAAAAACACAAGAGGGUAGAGAGGUGGGGGAGAAAGCAACAAAAGAAAACCAAAAAUUACAAAUAAAAAGAAUAAUUUAAAAAAAAAAGAGAGAAAAAGGAAUAAAACAAAAAAACAAAAAAUAAAUAAAUAAAUAAAGGAAUUUAAAAAAAGGAAUACAAUGAUUACUGACCAACGAUCAAUUCAGAAAAAUAUUUGCUUCAUGAAAAGUGUCUUAGCAGAGGUUCAGCUCACUUUGUAUCUCGGGUCAGGUCUCAUCAUCAUGGCCCCGCGAGCGUGUUGACUGAGAGGCCUACUGUACCCGAUGGCAGAGCGAGGCCGGCUCAUCAUCUGAUGGUCACUGUGAAGAUAAAAAAAAAAAACACAGACACAUUUCAGAGGGCCUCAUGGUGAAGUCUGCGACUGUGGGUCAGUCUGGUGAAAAUCCAACUCUCGGCUGAGUAACAACCAAGCCAAAAAAACAAACAAACGUGUGCAACCAUAAAGCGAGAUACACAAAGAAACAUGCAUUUAGAGAUUCCAACUCACUCCUCCAUCCGUGUGAUGGGCUUCAUCUUCCAGCACUCAUCCUCCUCAUCAAAAUACGCUCUGUUCACAAUCUUGUUCUUCUCCUC